CAUCUGUAUCAACCAUCUGAAUCAACGCCUGCUGACCCGCCACAGCGCACACUGCUCCACAGCGCCCCUCAGCCCUCCGUGCGCAACUGCAGCGGCUCAGCCUCCAUCCAUCCCCCGGAGACCCAGGCCAGCAGCUCCAGCUCUCAGCUGCCGGGUCCUGUAUGGAUAUAAACCCACAGAUUUCCCUUUAAAUCGGUAGUGGAGAUUAAAAAUCCUCUUUUCUUGCUGAAGAAAUGGUCGCGUUCCCGAAGAGCGAGCUCCGCGCCGCUGCCGGCGGCCGCUGCGAGCCUGAGGGAGCGGAGAGCCGGGAGACGGAGGCUGAAUGCGGGGAUGCUAAAGAGGAGAAGCGCGGUCAGACCAUCGUAUGGAGAAACGUGGUGCUGAUGGCUUUGCUGCACCUCGCCGCCGUGUACGCGCUGCAGCUCAUCCCCAGAGCUCAUCCCUUCACCUGGAUAUGGUCGUACGUGUGCUUCUUAAUUACUGGCCUUGGGAUAACAGCCGGAGCCCAUCGCUUAUGGAGCCACAGGUCAUACAAAGCCAAAUUGCCCCUGAGGAUGUUCCUGGCUGCUGCCAACUCCAUGGCAUUCCAGAACGAUAUUUUUGAGUGGUCCAGAGAUCACCGGGGCCACCACAAGUACUCUGAGACCGAUGCUGACCCCCACAAUGCAUCGCGAGGCUUCUUCUUUUCACACGUAGGCUGGCUGUGUGUGCACAAACACAAGGAUGUGAUUGAGAAGGGCAAGAGGCUGGACGUCAGUGACCUGCUGGCUGACCCUGUUGUUAUGUUCCAGAGGAAAUAUUAUAAACUUUCAGUGGUGAUGAUGUGCUUCGUCGUGCCCACCUUGGUGCCGUGGUACUUCUGGGAUGAAAGUAUCUGGAACUCGUACUUUCUGCCUGGCAUCUUACGCUACACCAUUUGUCUCAAUUGCACCUGGUUAGUCAACAGUGCUGCCCAUAUAUAUGGAAACCGGCCGUAUGACAAGUACAUCAACCCCCGGGAAAACUGCCUAGUCACUUUUGGAGCCAUGGGAGAAGGUUUCCACAACUUCCAUCACACUUUUCCUUUCGACUACUCAGCCAGUGAGUUCGGCCUUCGCCUCAACCCCACCACCUGCUUUAUCGAUUUCAUGUGCCUGCUUGGGCUCGCCAGCAACCGCAAAAAAGCCACACCGGAGAUGAUCAAGUCUCGCAAGCUAAGGACAGGUGAUGGAAGCGCUUGAGGAGCCAGAAGUGUUUCACAUCUUUUGUCACAGAUCGCCAGAACGACAUGGCAGCGUUUUUGUGUGAGGUGGAGAAGUGAUGAAAAAAUCAGUGUGUACUUUGUUUAGAGCAUAUUUAUUUCUCUUCUGUCGCAUCUUGUAUACUCUAAAGCAAGCUAAUCAUUGUGACAAGAUAGAUUUAGAUGGAACAGACAUAUACUUUUGGCUGUCUGAUUCGUGGCACAGUAGGGUUGUAUUGUGAGUAUUAUUUUGUGUUGACUGUUCUUUAUAGCUAAAUGGUGAUCUAUUAUCUCUGUCACUCAGUUAAGCAAUCAGUGUAACUUUGGUAUUUUGCAAAGCAUCAAUACAAGCUGUAGCAUAAUUAAUAGACUUAGCGCUUUUUCUACUUUACUAACUUAAAUAAUCAAAUAAUAGUUUUACAUUGCCCAGUAAUGCCCUAAAAAAUUAGCUCUUCAAAUGUCUUUCAAAAUGGUUGAUCAGCCCUGUGGUGGGCUUGCCUUAAAUUUGCUGCUUUUGUCAUUUGCAAUCUCCAAACAAAUGAGCACUUUAAUGAAAGAAUGGCCCUGAUAUGCAUAUUCGACAGCACACUGUGCUAAUUAAUCCCAAUGAUAACCAGUUAAUUUGCACUUUAGCCCUAUGAACCCAUAUAUGGUAAUGUGAAAAAAAUAGUAAAAUUUAACAAAUCUGGACGUAAGAAUAUUUGAUCUUCUUUCAAACUGUAUCUAUGAAUAAUGGUGAUGCAGUUGCAUUUAUUCUUUCUUUUAAGCCAUACCUUCGUGGAAUGUUUUGGGUCAUUGUCAUGUUGCAUGAUCCAAACUUUACUGGCUGCUAGCACAUGUUAAAACAGCCUGGCAAUCAGUUUUAUUCUGUUAUGUGUUCUUAAUAUGUAAAUUAUUUAGUAGACAGUGGAGUGGGUGAUUUAUUAAGUGUUUUGAGAUUUUUUGUUAGCCACUAAAAUACCUAUGAACCACAUGUGGUUCUUGGCUUUUUCAUGACUGUAAUGACAUGACAUGACAUGUAAAUACAUUGCUUUGCAUGUAUUUACCACUUAGAGAAAUUCUCAGAGAGCUGUUUGGAUCUGGUCAUCUCUACCUUUGUUUAUGUAUAUUACCACCAUUUUACAUAAAGAUCCCUGAAAAUGAAGCUCAAAUGUCCGUAUGUUCAGAUAUGUUAAAAAAGAGAAAAGAUUUUCAUGAGGUGUCCUAAUAUUUUUUUUUACAUAACUCUAGGUAUAGGUGGUCAUGCUGUCAUGCCACAGCUCUGAAGUGUGAGCUAACAUGACAAAAGAUCACUAAAAUCCAACCCCAGCCAAAUGUCACCUUUUGCUUCCUCCCGUUUUCUUCUAAUAUUAGAAUGAUGUAUGACUAUCUUAUUGAGUAAUUAAUCCCAUGAGGGCAGCACAGAUGUUGUAGGAGAGCAAAAAAUGUAUUAAAGUCCAUGCCAGCCAUUUUUAUUCCUGAAUUCUGUUAGUUUGGUGUUGGCCAUUUUAUCGACCUGUGCUAACUGUUUGUGUGUGUGUGUUCAUGUAUGAUUUGAGUUUAAGACUUGUGGUAGACUUUUGGACGAGGAGAAAAGGCAUGCAUGGAAACGAAGGAAUGGAGAACUUUGUGUAAAUGAGCAGUUUAUGGAAUGUGAUGAUGCGUUUGUAGUAUGUAGAUGCUCUUAAAUGCAUUAAUAUAUGGUUAUGUAGCUGUGUUGCUCUGUGAAUGUGAGUGCAUGUAACUGUUUCUGUCUGUAACAGAUGCUAUAAGAAUGAUGUUGCCUGAAGAUCUUCAGAUGUUUGCUGAUUUUUUUUUAAACUUAUUUGCACCACAGCAUUGCUAAAUAUGCUGACAUGGCUUGGCUGGUGUUUCAGACUCACUAAAGAUACUCUAUAUUAACAAAAGUACUGGGACAAACCUUGUAAAUUAAUGUGUAAUCGGAUGGCACCCCUGCCAGUCAGUUGGUGAAAUGUCUUCCUAUCUUCUCUUAGAUACGCCACCUUCAACUGGGAGUGGUUGUUAUUAUUAUUAUAAAGUGGAACAUUUCGGAACAUCUGCAACUUAGCAACCUGCUGGUAGAGCUGCAAAAGAGGACUGACUCCAAACUAAUUGCUAUGAAUUUAGAAUUGAUAUAAUGGAUGUCAUAAUGGGGUGUCCCAAUACUUUUGUCCAUUUGCUGGUAGUUCCUGCCAUAAAGUUCUAGAGGACGUAAUCAUUCAGUAAUUGAUUCUAACAGUAGACAGGGUAAGAGUAGAACCAGAGUACGUAAUAAAUUAUUUCAAACAAUAA